CUCAGUCGGAGAACCGGAGGAAGGAUAUCGAGACGUCGAGCGUGUCCGGUGCUGCUGCUGAGGGCGGCGAGGAACGAAAUCCGUCCAGUUGACUAGCACAUGUUUGGAGUUGAGGAUAAGUCGGUGUGUUUGCUGUUUGUCUUCCUGUUAGCUUUGGCUGCUGGUGGACAUGGCACGGCAUGGUAUGGCAUGGACUGGGUGAGAUUAGGUAUGAGUGAGUGGGCAGGUAGGGAUGCUGUUCCUCUUGCUUGCUCCGCUUACCUUGCUCUGACCUGGUGUAUGCCUCUCUGGCUUGGACUUUUCUCCAAACGUGUGUAUAUGCGCGUUGCGCUUGUGUUUCUGGACCCCUCUGUCAAGAGGUGGACUAGACUGGACUGGACUCGACCCCGAACUGGACAGGAUGGAUAGGGCAGUGCGCAGGUAGUGUUUGACGCUACCUACCUACCUUCCUCCCCACCUACCUUUUUCAUCCUUCCCCACCCUCCACCCUCCAUCAGAAGUGAACCAACACUUCUCUCUAAUCUCCAUACCUUCCCCAUCCUUUCCUUGCCUCCUUCCAUAUACUUUCUUCCCUUCUACCCUGUUUUAUCACCGCAACGUUUAUGAAUACC